UUUACCAGAGUACCAGAGUCUAUUUCAAACCGCUUCACCAUGACCGACACCGCAGUCGCCGCACCAGCACCAGCCGCCUCGUCGCCGGCCCAGGCCAAGUCGCCGAAAAAGAAGUCCGCCGCUCCCAAGGCGAAGAAAGCCGCACCGGCCCAUCCUACCACGGCCGUGAUGGUGAUCGCAGCCGUCAAGGAACUGAAGGAGAAAAAAGGAUCGUCGUUGCCGGCCAUCAAGAAAUACUUGGCCGCCAACUACAAAGUGGACGCUGCCAAGCUGGCGCCUUUCAUCCGCAAAUUCCUUAAGUCGGCCGUCGCCAGCGGCAAGCUGGUCCAGACCAAGGGCAACGGAGCGUCGGGCCAUUUCAAACUGGCCGCCGAAGUAAAAAAAGAGAAGAAGGUAGCGCCGAAAAAGAAGCCGGUCGCCAAGAAAGCGGCGGUGUCCAAGGCGCCCGGAGCGGCCAAGAAGAGGAAGAGCACCGGUGCCAAGAAACCGAAAUCCGGCGAGCCCGCCGCCAAGAAGGUGAAAAAGGUAGCCGCAGCGCCUAAACCCAAAGCCGCGAAACCGAAAAAGUCUCCGGCCAAGGCUAAGAAAGCGCCGGCCACCAAAACCAAGGCACCCAAGGCGAAGAAGGUGGCAGUCAAGAAGACGGCAGCGCCCAAAAAGAAGGCAUAGUUUGUUAAAAACUCUCAUAAAUAACCCUUAAAACGGUCCUUUUCAGGACCACCAAAUGAUUAUAAUAUAUACAAUAAU